ACGUUAUCGCACAGGGAAAGUGGGGGUAGUAGUGUGAAAUCACCACCAAGGGCAGAAUGAUGCUGCAAAAUGUCCAAGACGGCUGGCUGCCCGCUCGCUUCGCCGGGAAUGCCCUAAAGUGGCUGUGGUAUAAGAACAAACCCGUCACCAUAACUGUGGUGUUAGUGGUUGGUGUAAUUAAAAUGCGGAAAUACAUGAAGAAGCAAGAAAGGAGGAAGAACUGGAACAACGCGGGCAAGGACGUGGUGGUUCUGCACAUCCCAUCCCGAGGCUUCUAUUGCCCGAGUCUGUCCCCCUUCGUCGUCAAACUCGAGACCUACAUCAGGAUGGCGGAGAUCCCUCAUGUGAUCGACCACGAGGAACCCAUGGGACCGAAGGGGAAGACGCCCUGGAUCACCCUCAACGGCGAAGACAUGGGGGACUCGCAGAUGAUCAUCGAGAAGCUGGCGGCCAAGUUCGGAAAGGAGUUCGAUGCUCACCUGUCGCAGGAGGAGAAGGCCGUGGCUCACUCCCUGCGCAUCAUGGUCGACGAGUACUUUGUCUGGUGUCUUGGUGUCUAUCGCUAUGGCCAGGAGCGCGGUCGCCACUUGGCAUUGAACGCGUCCAUCCCUUGGUUUUACCGACCCGUAUUGGCCAUGUACUUUAAGAGGUAUUUAGAGGCCGCUAAGACGCAAGGUAUUGGGCGACACAGCUACAGGGAUAUAGAAGAGAUGGGGAGGAAAAGUCUUCAGUCACUGUCGGCUUGGCUUGGCGAGAAGCCCUUCAUGAUGGGCGCCAAUCCAACAGAACUGGACUGCACUGUCUUCGGCAUGCUUGCGUUUGACGUGUUCUGUCCUCCCCUGUCGCCCUUCAAGAGGAUGCUCGAGACCUCCACGCCUACUGCCACCGCAUGAAGGAGAAAUUCUGGCCUGACUGGGAUAAGUGCCUCGACCCGCAUCGUCAGUGAAGAGCAGGGGGUCAUGUGCAACUGGAUGGAGAAAAGGAGAUGCAACAGUUAUGCAACAAAUGUUAGAUCAUACAUACUGACUGGUAAUGAUUUUGUUUUCUUUUUCUUUCUUUUUAACUAGAACUGCAGCGAGGUCGAGAAAUAUAUGUAAUAUAUGCCAAGGUAUUAGCAAAGGUACUUGCUGUGGUUUGAAAUAUUUCGCAAAGUGGUAACCGAGACAGAGCAGUUCAUGUGAUAGAAUACAUGACAAUAAUAUUUUUCAGUUGAUUAUAUGACACGUGUUUUAUGUUUCUGCUACGAAGACGAAAAUAAGGAUGGCUGCUGUAAAUUGCAUUUUCUGCUUUGAACUGAUAGCGUUUUAAUUCUUUGAGAACUAUAUCUAACGCUGUUAUUUGUUUUAAUGUCUUUGAUGUAUUGUGUGAAUAAAUGUGAUCAAAUAUUA